GCUGGGCAGCAGUGAGCGCGUGCGAAGUCGCACGCAGUCGGCACGGUGUACUCAAACUCCCAUGAGGCGCCGCAAUAUCAACAAACUACAUGACCCACAUCUCCGUGCGUUGCGCGUGCGCAAACAGACCCACAAUACAGGAAAUGGACUACAAACUAACGGGCAGAGGGACUACAGGUCUCCGGGCGCAUGCGCAAUAGCCUCACCGAGCCCUUUAAAUUCAGCCUACGUGCAAAGAUGGCAGCGCAAGUGGACUUGCUCCGGCCCAAAGUAGAAAAAGAAAAGAUGAGGGACGGUCUUGAUAGAUUAAUUAGAGAGAAAAAAAAGAAGAAGAAAAGGGACCUGUCGCCGUCAGCUGACAAUCGGGAGAAGUCCGCGAAAGAAGAGAAGCAAGUGAAGCUCCAUCACCACCACCACCACCAUAACGGUGAACACCGGACGUACCAGCUCCAGCAGAACCCGAAACCCCGCAAGUUCAGCGCGGAAAAGCACGUCCCGCAAAGCCGACACCACCAGCGCCAUCCCUGUCACAUCGGCGGUCUGACCAAUGGCACAAAAAACCUACAGCCGACUUUGCCUCCUCCUCCUCAUCCUCCUCCUCCUCCGGGGAAAGUACCAGAGCUGCUGCAGAAUAACCAGAAGAAGAAGAAGAAGCAAACGGUGCUUCCCGAGCCACCUGCGCUCUUCACCUUCACGCCUCUGAGAGCGGCCAAGGCCGAGCAGAGGGACGAAGACCUGCAACUGAAGCUCAAGAAGGAAAACGCCGAGGCCAAUGUGAAACGCGUGGAACCUAAGAACAAAAAGGAGCCAAGGCCCCGCAACGAGAAUGUCAAGUCUCUAACACUGGAGGAAUAUCUCCUGAAGAAGCGAAAGAAGAAGAAGAAGAAGCACCACGAGGAUGAGCACAAUGCCAAAAAGGUCCGAUACGUGCACAACAAAGCUGUGCAGACUGUGUGUGCAGGGCUCGGGGCGGAUCUCACUCUGCCCGUUCGCUCUGAUCCGCCUCGACCUGGCACCGUGAAGCAGGGAAGCAGAGAGAGCGCGGACAGCCACCAUCCCUGCCGCCGGGCUCUCAAGCUGGGACGCGUUCCCUUCCUCUCGCACCAAGACCACCACAUCCGCAGCACCUGCCUGCGGACGGGCACCUGGUGCGGGCGCUUCAUGCACGAGGAAAGGCAGGCCAACGGCGGGGGGUCGGUUCUGCACGCGUACGCCGACGAGAUCGCGCGCCUCGGCCCGGCUGAGAUGGAGAGCUUUUCUCGGGAGUUUCUGGAGUUGGCCUUUGCCGAGACACCCAGAGGUGCAGCGUCGUAUGCCUUGGCGGUGGUGCACGGUGCAGCCGCCUUCCUACCGGACUUCCUGGACUACUUUGCCUUCAACUUUCCCAACACACCAGUCAAGAUGGAGAUACUGGGCAAGAAAGACAUCGAGACCACGACUAUGGCCAAUUUUCACUCUCAGGUGAGCCGGACGUACUGUUCAGGGACGUACCGGUCUGGACCCAUGAGGCAGAUCAGCUUGGUGGGAGCUGUAGAUGAGGAAGUCGGAGACUAUUUCCCGGAGUUCCUAGACAUGCUGGAGCAGUCACCCUUUCUCAAGAUGACCCUGCCGUGGGGAAGCCUCUCCAGUCUGAAGCUGGACUGUCGCUCUCAAAGUGACGACGGGCCCAUCAUGUGGGUGCGACCGGGAGAACAAAUGGUGCCCACUGCCGACAUGCCCAAGUCCCCAUUCAAGAGACGCAGGUCCAUGAAUGAGAUCAAAAAUCUACAUUACCUGCCAAGGGCCACUGAACCCAGAGAGGUCCUGUUUGAGGACCGGACCAAGGCCCAUGCUGACCAUGUGGGCCAGAGCUUUGACUGGCAGAGCACUGCUGCUGUGGGGGUCCUAAAGGCCGUCCACUUCGGAGAAUGGAAUGACCAGCCUCGAAUAACCAAAGACGUCGUGUGUUUCCAGGCCGGGGACUUCAAUGAAGUUGUCCACAGGCUGCAGCUGGACCUGUAUGAGCCCCCAGUGUCUCAGUGUGUCCAAUGGAUAGACGAUGCCAAGCUCAACCAGCUGAGGAGGGAGGGCGUCCGCUACGUCCGGGUCCAGCUCUGCGACGACGACAUCUACUUCAUCCCGAGGAAUGUCAUCCACCAGUUUAAGACCGUGUCUGCCGUCUGCAGCCUGGCCUGGCACAUCCGCCUCAAACAGUACCACCCAGGGGAGAAGAACAAAGAGGAGGAGGAGGAGGAGCAGCAGCAGCAGCAGCAGCGGCCCGGUGACCUUGGCUCGAACUUAGGGCGAUUCUCCUUUUCGCCCCCCGCCAGGCACGACGCCACCGCAACCCCCUGUGCACGCCCACAGGCAGAAAGCAUUCAGGGGGGCGUGGCCAAGACUGAAGAACUGGAGUUCCAGAGGCCCGCAACACCUCCCCGGGAGCCUCAGGCCGCUCCCCCACAGCCCACGAAAUCAACCCUGCUGCCCCCGAGGUACCAGGAUCCCCGCCUUUUCUCAGAAACAACGGACCCCGGCUGUGCACCUUCACAAGGGGCCGUCCUUCGAAAAGCUCUCGGCCACACGACAGCGUUCCUCAAAUGACUUUCUCUUUCCGCUGUGGUGAGAGUGAACCCAAAAUAGGUGACACCCGUGUCAAUCAGAAAGCCAUUCACACUCUUUGCUUUGUCUUUAAAUGUUGCUAAAAUGUUUGAUAUGUUUUUAGGCAAAAGGGGUUUAAUGGACUUUGUACAGACAUUUUGUUUUUAAUAUUCUUAUAUUUUUGAUUGCACCGGACAUGGAACUCAUGGCAUGUGAAGAAGCUUUUAUUAAGAGACUGACUGUGGCCACGCUGCAAGUCGUCGAGUCAACAUGAAACCCUCGGCUGUUUCUCGCUUUGACGGAAUAACUUCAUCAGAGAUGGAAAGUCUGUGAUGUCGACGCAUGAGAUUGACAUAGUGUUUUAUUCAUUUCAGUGAUAAAGGCAUAUACACUAACCUUACCCAGGAAAUGAUGUGUAGUUUCCUGAAUGAUUGAUGACUGCAGUCUGCAUUGGUUACGGCCAGGAAACAAAUCAAAAUAAGCCUUUUGUUUUAAAUAUUUAUUUUAAAAGAAGAAACAUUUUUCUUUGGUAAUCAUCCAAUGAAUCUUCUAGCAUUUGCCACUUUUUUCAGCUACAGCUAUAAUUAGGGGGACACGGUCCUCUUUCGCACUGUUGUGUACUCUUUCUUAAAUUUGAGCUCAGCACAUGAUCACAGUUGAAUAACCAGUGCUAAAUAUUUCAAAUUAUUGCCUUAGUAUGGGGGCGUUUCUAAAUGAUUGUUGAAUACUCAGAAUUCUUUCUUGAGGUGUGGAGUGUGUCACAGGAAUUUUGUAUGUAACUUUUUAACUGGUUGGUUUUCUGUUAAGAUCAAAUGGUGCUCAUGUGAUGCUGUUUAUCUUGGUUACCUGGAAGAAACCAUUACUCAAUCAUAGUGUCAUGCUUACAAAAUCUUAUUCAGCAGACGGGUUGUGUGAGAAAUAUGUCUAUAAAUAUGUAUAUGUCUGUAUUGACACACUAGCUCCAUGUAGAAAUUAGUUGACAGAUACCAUGUCUUUGUCUUCUCUUGUGUUGCUAUGUUCCCGCACCAUUGAUGGAUGUUAUUCAUGUUUGUACUGAGGCAUUUUUAAUCUGUGGUUUCAGUUUUCCGGGGUGUUAAGUUCAAUACAAUACAGAGAUCCGAGGGGAAAAAAGGGAAAAGAAAAAAGGAAUGCAGAGACUUUCUAUAUUUUUUAAUAAAUAAUUUUGUGUGAAACCAAAAUUAACUGUACAGUUACACCAUAUGCAUAGUGAGGAUACAUCCCAUUCACUGUACCUUUUAACG